AGUACUAAGAGUUUAUUAAAAAAGCAUCAAACCAUCACUUUCUCCAUUUCGCAUCUCUUAUUCUCACUGGUCUCAAUGGCGGAAGAGAAAAUACAGUGUAAAUGGGAAGGAAAAUCCUCUGCCGAAUUGAAAGGCCUAACGGCAAAUCAAGUUUGGCCUUUCCUAGAAGAUUUCUGCAACUUCCACAAGUGGCACCCGACCAUUGACACGUGCUACCAAGUAGAUCAGGACCCCACCACGGUGGUCGCCGGAACUGGGCUAGGCCUGAUCCGUUACUGCUCCUCCACAAGCACAUCACCAUCCGGCGAGUCCGUAUUGCUUUGGGCCAAAGAGAGGCUCAUGGAGAUCGAUCCAGCCCAACGGCGUUUGACCUACGAGGUGCUCGAUAACAACGUCGGCUUUAAGAAGUGGGUGGCCACUUUCGAUGUUGUCCCUCUCGACGACGGCGGCGCGUGUGAGAUACAGUGGUCUUUCGUGGGAGAACCCUCGGAGGGUUGGAGUUAUGAAAGCUUGGUAAAGUUCUAUGACUCUUCUCUCCAAUCCAUUUCUAAGAACAUCGAACAAGCUUUGUUGGUGACCUCUUCUGUUUAGUGGGUGAAAUUAAAAUUAUUUAUCUUUUAUUAUAUUUUUAUGGUUGUGUUUUUAAAUAUGUAAUAAUAAAAGAAACCAAUAAUUUUCUUUAAUAUUUGGUUUGAACUUGUUGUACUAAAAAAUGGUUUUAAGGGUUCACUUUAAUAUUAUCUUUUGGGUCAGGGUUA